AUGCUAAAGCAACAGGGCAUGCGGGCGAGCCUGCAGGUGGCUCCGUUGGCAAUCCAGAAGACACGCACCGGGACUCGGGGAGGGUCCUCUGAGAGGGCAGAGUCCACGAGUCACUGUUCGGACACGCAGCUGACUCCGCCAGCAACACCGAAUGGCCUGCAAGAUGAUCGCAAUACGCCACUCAAGCAUACGCCCGUCUUCCACAACUUUCUGCGAGCGAUUUACCCCUUUCAACUCGACCAUGGCGCGAACGACGCUUCUGUCACAUUACCGCUUGAUGAGGGAGAUGUCGUCUUGGUGCAUUCCAUCCACACAAACGGCUGGGCCGACGGUACCUUGCUCGCCAAUGCGGCAAGAGGGUGGCUCCCAACUAACUAUUGUGAACCAUACAACCCCGAAGAAAUGAGAAGUCUGCUAAAAGCGCUUCUCAACUUCUGGGACUUAAUGCGUAGUCCCUUGAUUAACGAUAGCGAGAUGUUCGGGAACCAGGAGUUCAUGAAGGGUAUCAUUGCGGGCGUUCGGUAUUUAUUGGAGCGGACACAAUGUUUGGCAAAGGAUGCGCUCCCCCUUCAGAGGCACGAGGGACUCAGAAGAAGCCGGAGGGCUUUGCUGGCAGAGCUAUCCUCGUUGGUCAGGACAGCUAAGCGGUUGCAGAACGCGCAGAAAAUGAUCGGUACCGAGGAAGUCAAUGACAUUGUGGACGAAAUGAUACUCAGGGCCUUCGACAUCAUCACAAAAGGCGUGAGAUUCCUGGAUGUUUGGGAGGAUGAUCACAAGUCAAGGGUGGCACCAGCAGUGACCGCCAUGAACACGCUGCUGGAAGAGGCCUACAUCCUUCUAACGCCGCCAGCCGACUCAGCUGCCUUCGACGCCACUCAAACCCAUCCUGUCGAUGUAGGGGCCCGUGCGAAUGCGAACGGCAACGCUUCCGACCGGACGCCAUCGGUAGCAGGCGAGGUGACACCAGGCUUGAUUCGGCACAGCAACCGUUUGUCUGCUGUCUGCCAACAGAGUACAAAUGUGCAUCGAUUGUCACAGAACAGCCUGGUACAAGCGAACCGCUUCUCCUCCAGCAUUUCUCAUCGCGUCAGCUUGGCCGGUCCGUCAUGCACCUCGCAGUCCGGCAAUCUGGUUUCGGAGCGCCUCAACACAUGCCACGAUACCUUCCUUUCUCAUCUGGGGUCGUUUAUCGGGCGCCUGCAGCUCCAGUCCCAGUCACGACCCAGCCUCGCCGUUGCGAUCAGACAAUCCGCUACCUCGGGCGGGGAGUUGUUGUUGGUGGUGGACGUGGUCUGCGCCCAUACCUCGAUAAGCGUCGAUGCGCUGGAGCAGGCUCGUGAUACCAUGUACAACCGGAUACAGGACCUGGUUCACACUGCACGCGAUAUCCUGACCAAUCCCGAGCCAGAGAUGGAGGAGGAUGUCAUUGUCCCCCACGACAAUGGCAGGCUGUUGUGGGCGGCGACGGGAUGUGUGAAGGCCACCGGCGAGUGCGUUGCAAAGACCAGAUGGGUGAUUGAGCGCAUCGGCGACUUUGAGUUUGAGUUCGAGAACGGCAGCCUUGGUAUCGACUUUGGCCUAUCCAGGUUCAGCAUUCCAGAUGACCAGGGGGAGCCCUCUACCGCCGUGGUGUCAAAUGUUGCCGAGUACCCAGUCUCCGAAGCACCGACGGAUUCAACAGCGGUCUCCGUAACGAGCUCCGUCGAUACACACGCGCGGUCCCUAUCGAUCGACAAACCGCUGCCGGAUAUCCCUCGAGCCGACUUGCCUGUCUCAGAGCAGCCGGCCUCACACACUUCGCACCGGUCACCACAUUCACAACCAUGUCCUAUUGACAACAGUGCUUCCAGCGCCGUGUCCUCAGUCUCCUCUCUCCGCCCGGACCUGCCGCCGCUCCCGAAAAUUUCCACCUCAUCCUUACCGGCGGAGAAUUACAGCCCAACGGACCAGUCUGCUAUGCAGGAGACGGAGUUCCGCUCCGUCCGAUCGGAGAGUAUGACUGCAUCAAGCUCAGGCUCUGCCAGCACCUACCUCAGCCGGGGAUCGGAAUCAAGCCUUAUCUCCCGCACGUCAACUCGCGCAACCACCCCAGAUAUGACCCAGGCACCCAAGAACCAACCGUCGCUGACGAGCCUGAGCGUGACAGAUAGUUUAGCGCCAACGGAAGACGAUGAGGUCGAGUCGAAGCUCUUGGCGAAGACUUACGCCCACGAGUUGAUGUUCAACUCGGAAGGCCAGGUCAUAGGAGGGUCGCUGCCCGCCUUGGUCGAGCGCCUCACCACACACGAAUCCACCCCGGAUGCCAUGUUCGUGUCGACCUUCUAUCUCACCUUCCGCCUCUUUUGCACUCCAGUCACACUCACCGAGGCCCUCAUCGAGCGGUUCGAAUACGUCGGUGAAGCCCCGCAUAUCGCCGCUCCUGUCCGAUUGAGGACAUACAAUGUGUUCAAGGGCUGGCUCGAGUCGCACUGGCGGGAGGAGACAGAUCGCGAGGCACUUGCUCUGAUCAAGGAAUUUGCCGAGUUCAAGCUGACUGCUGUGCUCCCGACAGCCGGGAGCCGACUUCUUGAUCUAGCCAACAAGGUGUCUUCGACCGACGGCACCUUAGUCCCACGCCUUGUCUCGUCUAUAGGAAAGACCAGCACCUCGACCUUCGUGCCAGCCGAAACCUCACUUCCAGCACCCGCCAUCUCGAGGAGCCAGGCUAACUCUUUGGCUAACUGGAAGCUCGGCGGUAGCUCCCCUUCCAUCCUCGACUUUGAUCCCCUCGAAAUCGCUCGCCAGUUGACGAUCAAGCAAAUGGCUCUUUUUUGCGCAGUCACGCCGGAGGAGCUCCUCGGUUCGAAGUGGACCAAGCUUGGGGGGGUUGGCGCGCCGAAUGUGAAGGCCAUGUCGACCUUCACCACUGGGCUGACGAAUCUGGUUGUCGACACCAUCCUGCAGUUUGAGGACGUCAAGAAGCGAGCGACAGCCAUCAAGUACUGGAUCAAAGUUGCCAACCAGUGCUCUCAGCUUCAUAACUACGAUGCGCUCAUGGCGGUUACCUGCGCACUCAGUAACACAAGUAUCCAGCGCCUGAAAAUGACAUGGGAUGUUGUUCCCGUCAAGCGCAAGGAGAUGCUGAGGUCACUACAGGAAGCUGUCGAUAUUCGGCAGAACUUCAAGACUCUGCGGGCUAGGCUUCAGAACCAAGUUACGCCAUGCCUACCGUUCCUCGGCAUGUAUCUGACGGAUCUUACGUUCGUAGACGUGGGAAACCCGGCGACCAAGACCAGCGAGACAGGCUUGACAGUGGUGAACUUCGACAAACACACCCGCACAGCGAGGAUCAUCGGAGAGCUGCAGCGCUUCCAGAUCCCCUACCGCCUGUCGGAGUUGCCGGACCUCCAAGCCUGGCUCAUGGCGCAAAUCGAACGGGUUCGAGAAAAAGAGAAUGCAGGCUGCAACGCCCAGGCGACACACUAUCGGAAGAGUCUGCUCCUCGAACCUCGAGAAGCACAGCAGUUGAGGACGCCUAUCGAGGGUCCCAGCUCUGCCGCGAGUAGUAGCAUGUUCAGCUGGAUCAGGAGCAACAACGGAGUGUCCGCCCAAGUCUGAUGGCUUGACCCUCCCCCCCAACAUCUCUCUCACGGUCAGCAGGACCAUCCUCAUUACAUCAGGCGCGCACCUUCGUCGACAUCCCCCGAGAUUUGUUUUAAGUUCUAGUGGCUUCUUGUGAUACCCAUUAUUUUGCGCAUUUAUCUUUCAGCAUUCUAAGACGUCAUGACGAGGGCGCGCCUGUAUUCAAUGCCCAUGGCCGGCCCCCCUACCACACCAUGAUUUCGCCUGUCAUUUUU